GCAAGGGUUAGCGAUAUCCGGUUUUCAACAUAAAAUCGUUUGCGAGUGUGAACGGCUUGUUUGUGUCAACUGUUAGAACUUGUGUGUUCGAAAUAGGAAGUUAAAAUGAAUAUCAGUAUGAAAGAAAAUAUUGAGAAAUUAAAUAUAUCACAAUCAAUAUUUUAAUGCUGACUGACCUCCUGACUGAUUAAUUGAACGAACGCUCACCGGAAGUGGGCUUUUGUUGUGAAAAUACGCCUUAACGGAAUGCCUAGUGUAUACACGUAACUCAAAAACGACGUGGGAGCUAGUUCGGCAGUGUUUUCGGCCAGUGGCGACUGGUUUGGCUCAGCUGCAGACACACCCUGAGCCAACACUGCCGAAGUGUGUGUCGGUUUUAAUGCCAUGUUAACGUGAAACAGGAUAACGGACUUCCUCGCCACUCGGAACUGACAACAACCCAGAGCAACAAUGGCGGCCGAGAACGUGAGCGUGCUCUUCAAGCUCUACUGCCUGACAGUGAUGACUCUGGUGGCGGCGACGUACACGGUGGCCCUGCGGUACACGAGGACCAUCUCUUCGGGCGACCUGUACUUCUCCACCACCGCAGUAUGCAUCACCGAGGUCGUCAAACUCGUCCUGAGUCUGGGCAUGCUGGCGAAAGAAACAGGAAGCCUCAGCAGACUGAAGAACGCCCUGGUGGAACAUGUGUUCUUCAGCCCCAAAGAGCUGCUGAAGCUGAGCGUGCCCUCCGUCGUGUACGGCGUUCAGAACAACAUGGCCUUUCUCGCUUUGAGCAACCUUGAUGCCGCCGUUUAUCAGGUGACCUAUCAGCUGAAGAUCCCGUGCACGGCCUUGUGCACAGUCCUCAUGCUGAACCGUUCUCUCAGCCGGCUGCAGUGGUUCUCCGUGUUCAUGCUCUGCGGGGGCGUCACGCUCGUGCAAUGGAGGCCCGCAGAAGCCACUAAAGUCCAGAUUGAGCAAAAUCCUUUUAUCGGCUUCGUGGCUAUUGCUGUCGCUGUCGUUUGCUCUGGAUUUGCAGGUGUGUAUUUUGAGAAGGUGCUGAAGAGCUCCGACACAUCUCUGUGGGUGAGGAACAUACAGAUGUACUUGUCUGGCAUUGUGGUCACACUGAUGGGUGUUUACAUGACGGACGGGGCAAAGGUCCUGGAGAAAGGCUUCUUUUUUGGUUAUACACCCUGGGUGUGUUUUGUAGUAUUCCUGGCCAGUGUGGGAGGCCUGUACACCUCAGUGGUGGUGAAGUACACAGACAACAUCAUGAAGGGCUUCUCCGCCGCGGCCGCCAUCGUCAUCUCAACUGUGGCGUCUGUCAUGUUGUUUGGACUACAGAUCACGAUCACAUUUGCCUCCGGCGCCCUCCUCGUGUGUGUGUCCAUCUACCUGUAUGGACUCCCGAAGCAAGACACGUCCAAGCUGAGGAGAGAGGACGCAGAGUCCAAACAGAAGCUGAUCACCGUGUGAGUCGCCGACCCGGCAGAAGAGACGCCUCAACCGCUGGUGAGCGGGUCACAUUUCUGGGGACUGAAGCGAGCCCCCUGCACUGGAAGGACCCCCGGAGCCUGUUCUUUUAACCCCGCCCACGUCCUCUUACAUUUCCAGAAAACUUGAGUUUUUAAGACCAGAUUCUUUUUUUUUUUUUGAAAACAAAAAAUACCUUUUUUAAAACUGGCCUUCUUAGUUAGCUGCUUUUAAAGUUUGUAAAAAUGUGAAACAAUCACUGAGGUCUUGUAAUUCAUCUUCAGCCAAGCUGGAGUGACAUGUUACAACUGGACUUUGUUACACUUACUUUUAAUGCCUCCAUAUAUUUUAUAGGGGGGCGUACAAAUACCACAACUCCUUCUCAUGGAGUUUUUUAAUUUCAUUUAAUUUUUCACUUAGUCAUUAGUCUGUUUCAAACUGUUCAAUGUGUUUGUUUUAUGCUCAUACCACAUUGUGCUGAUUCUGAAUGUGCCCAAAUCACAGGAGAACUCACUUGGACUGGAGGUUGCAUGUGUGAUUAUGUUUAUAAUAUCUCUUUAAGUGUCUUAUGUCUUAUCAUGUCAGAUCCGUGUUGGAUUCUGCUUUCAAAGUUGUUUUAAAGCCUUUUAUUAAAUUUAAAUGGAAAAGUGUUUAAAAA